UUGCCAGAUGACUCGGAACCCGCUGUCUUGCCAGAUGACUCGAUGCCCGCUGUUUUGCCAGAUGACUUGGUGCCCGCUAUCGAGCUUGACGACCCGAUGCCCGCUGUUUUGCCAGAUGACUCGGUGCCCGUUGUCUUGCCAGGUGACUCGGUGCCCGCUGUCUUGCCAGAUGACUCGGUGCCUGCAGUCUUGCCAGAUGACUCGGUACCUGCUGCUCUGCCUGGUGGCCCAGUGCCCGCUGCUCCGCCUGGUGGACCGGUGCCCCGCUGCUCCGCCUGAUGGCCCGGUGCCC